UCGCCAGUAGUCGAUCGCGAUCGUAGCCGGCGGUGAGCUCGAUCUUUCGUGCACACACACUCUGCGUGUACCGCGAUCUGUGUAGGUCGUAUAAGCGAUGUUAAGUCACGGCCGCCGGUAUAAGUAAUCAUCGCUGUGCUUCCGUCGCUUGCACCUACUUGUUCCUGAGUGGGAGUUCUGUGCUUUAUGCUACGUAUUGCAGUGCUGGUUCAGUGUGUCGAGCAAACAUCGAGUGUGUAUUAUAUUGAGAGUGAGAAGCAAAGAGGAGGAGGAUGUUGACGGGGUCUGGAGAAUAGGUGCCGAUAUGAGGAGGUAGAGAAGUCGCACAUACAGUGCUGUUGAUGUCGAGCCUUGUGUGCGCCGGCCUGGAAUCACGCUACGCCACGGACUACGACCUGGCACUCAUGGGCAUUCAAAGCACCGCUCAGUUCAUCGACAAGUACCACCACAUCAUAGAGCCGCAGUGUCAACGGCCGAACUUUUUUGAUGAUGAUGAUGAUGAUGAUGAUGAUGAUUAUGGAACCGUGACUUGUGCAUCAGCUCCUCUACGUACGCUGCAAUUGCGGCGUAUCUUCCUCUUCUUCUCAUCCUUAUCUCCUUGUUGUUCCCUCUGUGUGGUGUAUUGUGCGCCGAGGCCUAUUCAGACCGAGAUUUCAAGUGACACGCUUACAAGCUCUCUCGUAUUGUGAGAGAUGUGUAUUGUUAUUAUUGUCGUUUGCGAUGAAUAAUAAAAAUGUUGUUUAUUGCUCGAAAGCUA